AUGCCAGAUGGAAAUAUGCAGGAAAGCCAGCUGCUCGAGACAAUAUUCACUACCAAAAUAAAUUGCAAUCUAAAAAGAAACUACGAACGUCAACUUGAGGCAGCAAACCGAACGGACAGAUACAAGCAGCUUAUGGACCUUGAAGAGAGAAAUCGUACUGAAUUCUAUCAGCUAAUAAAACAACAACGAAAUCCAGCCAACACUGCAACCUCACCCCUUCUGUAUAAAACAAAAAUCUAUAAUGAUGAUAACAGUAUUUGUAAUGCUUGGGCUGACUACUUUGAAGAGCUAUCUACCCCAAUAUCCCAUAGUGACUUCGACGGUGAUCAUGAGGACUUAGUAACAAAUGACAUUGGGACCUUAACAACAAUGUUUGAGAACAACAACGUCAAAAACUUACCAACCAUAACCAUAGAAGAAGUUUCAAACACUAUAGUGUCAUUCAAAAACGGAAAAUCACCAGACCAGGAAGGUAUAUCGGCUGAACACUUAAAGUAUGGAGGCCCAACACUUAUUUCCAUUCUGACAAUCAUCAUAAACUAUAUAUUCAAAAACUUAUAUAUACCGGAUUUCCUUAAAGCUGGCAUACAUGUAGCUACACCUGUACUCAAAAAAAAAGGAAAGCAAAACACAGAUCCAAACUCGUAUCGUAAAAUAACAGUCACAAACCUUAUCGGGAAAGUAAUUGAGAAGAUACACCUCCAACAUAACUACUCCUUAAUAAUGAAACAGCAAUCCAGACUGCAGAAAGUAUUCACGAAAAAUGAAAUGCCAAUUGCUGCAGCACUCAUACUUACUGAACUUAUCACUGAAGCAAAUAAAACCCGAUCUCCACUGUACGUUGCACUAAUGAACGCCAAGAAAACAUUCGACAUCUUAUGGCAUGCUGGGCUAUUACGGGAAAUGUAUUAUUUCGGCCUAACGGGUGACAAUUGGACAUUCUUUAAGAACUUGUAUGAAGACGUAACCUCGAGAAUAAAAUGGAAAGGGAUAACAGCAAGACCUGUGUUAGAGCAACAGGGAGUACGUCAAGGCGGAGUCUGGCCCCCCAGUGCCCAUAAGAUCUUCAUAAACAACCUACUUGCCACUUUCGAACAGAAUCAGGUUGGAAUGCACCUAGGCCACAUCUACUGCGGAAUACCAACAGUCGCAGAUGAUGUAACCCUUAUUUCAAGUGACCCAUAUGAGCUCCAAGCUAUGCUUGACAUACAAGCGGCCUAUGCCAAUAAGCAAAGGUAUAUACUGAGUGAUCAAAGAUCUACGAUACUCGUUUUCAACGAUAACCAAAGCAAAACCUGGCAACUAAACAGCGCAAAUCUCACUGUAUCAGCCUCCGCAACACAUCUAGGGAUAGAAAGAGAUUCAUCCUCAUCUACCGGGACAAAACAAGUAUCUGAUAACCGUAUCACCAUCGCACCUAGAACAGUAUACUCUAUGAUCGGAGCAGGCCUCCAUGGCUUAAACGGACUGAAUCCACAAGUGUCCUCUCAUCUCAUACAGAUAUACGUGCUACCGCGACUGAUGUACGGAUUAGACGUGAUAAAUAUCUCGGGGACGGAUAUAGACAAACUAGAACUAUAUUACCACCAGCUAAUCAAACGGCUACAACAUCUUCCAAGGCGUACUGCAAACUCAACUGCUCUAUUACUACUAGGUCGGUCCCAAUAA